UCGAAGGUGAUUUAGUCCUCGUGGGCCCACAUUGUCCCUUCCUGGUCGCCGCGGCAAUGUUACGAAUCCACACCAUUUGGGUGUCACUAGUUUGGCUGGUGGGAACUUUGAUGUAUCAAGAAAUUUCUGCCAAUGUCGCCUUACCCCCUGGUUUAGUGAACGGAAUACCAAGAAACACGUCGUUACAAGACAAGUUUUAUCUGGAGGUUUUAAAGGACAAGAUCCAUCGAGAGAUUGCCAAACACAGAGGGAACACUUCCGGGGUCCGAGUGGUCCCAUCCGACCCAGAGCCGGAAAACACACGGGAGGGAAAAGUUACAUCUCACACCCAGUUUGUUAUUUCCCACUCGCCAGGUGAGCUGGGCAAAAACCUACUGAAAUUUACCAUUAAAAAAUCUAAAGGAGAUCAAGUUUCCGUGGUGACACGGGUCAAUUUGUGGAUCCAUGUCUGGCAGAAGGAGAAAAAGAGACAAGCGAGGAGGAAGAGAAAAGGGAAAAUGAUUCGAAUCAGUGUUUACAAUAAUAGUUCCAAAGACGAUAAAGUCAUCGCGGAACUUCGAACAAGGAUACAAAGCACGGACUGGUUUCGAAUCAGUUUACCAAUUUCACUUGUUCGUAAUCUAGAAAUGAGCCACAACAGUACAAUCAUACUGCGAGUUGAGUGUAAACGUUGUAAUAAGAAAACAAGGCUCAUGCUUCCCCAGAUGCCCAAGAGGAAGUGUAAGAAAAAUAAGAAGAGGCGGAAUAAGGGUAAAAAGGGAGGUAAGCACGGAAGGAAGUCAAAAGCAAUGGGUCGAAAACGAGGCUGUGGUACUCCAAGAAACUACCCCCCUACGGUGUCAACUCAAAGACUUCCUUUCAUGAUAAUAGAGCAGCGGUAUAAGAGCUUUGAUAGACGGAAGCGUUCGUUGUCAUGUAACCCUUCCGAUCUCAUUUAUAGGAAUGGAACAAUCACAAGCAGCAGAUGCUGUAGGAUGUCAACAUAUGUAGAGUUUAGUGAUAUGGAACUAGACGAUGCCAUUGUGACGCCAGGUGGAUACGAAGCCUCAAGGUGUAUCGGCAGAUGUCCCAGAAUGCGUCGCAACCGGAACCGGCGGCGGCGGAGAGGCCGAAACCGGAACCGGAACAAACGGUCACGUGGUAGAAAAUCUAGGAAAGGUAAAUGCCGUGCUGUUGAAACUUCACCACUGAGUGUAUGGCUCUUUAACGAAAAUCAUGACUUAGUACGUGCAGAAUUGCAAGAUCUAGUUGUGAGAAACUGUGACUGUCGGUAAUGCAGGUAGAUAUGUUUAACAUUACGGUAUUAAUACGUUGAGGGCCCGCCCGUUAUCUACCCGCAACAGGACACACCAUGAGUUUCAGCCACAAAAAAACCUUCGACUCGAGUAGGUGCCAAAUGGCGCCAAACCAAGAUGUGUCGUCGAAAUGUUUACCGUGUCCUAGGCUCCAAUAUCAGAUGACGCCACAGAUGACGUCAUAUAUUUACAUUACUGCUACUAGUUCGGUGACCGUGACCUUGUGGCUCCCUGGAAUAUGGUACUCGGACCAGAAAGGUUCCAUGCGAUUGGAGCGGGAAUACCUAGAUACUAUAGCUGAUCACGUAAGCAAUGAUGUUCGUCCAAAUAUGGCGCAUGGCUAGAGGGCAAUUCCUCUGCUACCAAUGUUUUAUGACUGUCCUUGGCAUUGACAACCAGGCAUACACAUGAGACUCAUCCUCCUCAGCGUGAUGAAAUAUCGCUAUCUCUGUUUUUGCCAUUGUGAAGUGUGUUGAUGUUGCCGGUGUCAGUAUCUAGCACGUAAGGUUGUCUCAGGUUUCGUUGUAGGAAAGAAGAAGAAACAAGGGAGGAGACAAUGUGCAUGUAAACAUCUGUAGAAUAUGUGAAAUAUGCUGUUAUUUAUGUUAUUGUUAUUGACAGACACUGUAUUUAUGGUGGUAAGCAUCCACUGUCGAUAUCGUCCUUCGUUGUCAUCACACACUGAAGACGAGCUGAUGACGUUUGGGGACGUGGAGGAAGAGGAAGUUUGCUCGAAUGUAUACUCGUACAUCACUCGAUGGUAUCAUGGCGGGGUUGUGUCCUGUGGUAAUGAAUGGUAGAGUGCUUGAUGAGGAUAGAUCUGCAUCUGGGAUAUCUCGAUGACUUUUCAAGUUGGCUAGUGAGAGAAAGAAAGACGAGGUAUGAAUAGGGAGGUAUGCUGCAUGUUUUAUAGUAUUGUUCAGAACAUAUUUGAAAAGCAAAGCAACAUUUUAAGGUUGUGUUUCACUUAUAACAGCAAGAUGUGAUGCAAUUGAAAGAUUUUAAUGGGCAUCUAAAUUUGUUUCUCUAUGAGAAAGUCUUCGACCUGACUGUGUUUUUGCUUUUUGCUCUGUAUCUACACAAGACCCAUUUGAUGUUACUUUCAAGUUAAAUCAGUUCAUAAGUGUAGUACGUUUGUCAUUAGGGCGUAAAAAUGCAAAUGCCACUUUAGGUUAAUUUUAUCUCUGCUAAGUUGUUUCCGAUAGUAUAUGGCUGUUAAAACUGUAGUAAUAUCACGUUGCCAAGUUGAGGUCGAUGAUAGCUGGUGUAAAUGUUUUAAUAAAAUACCAGAUAAGUGAAAGGGUUUAAAUCUGAGAGUGCCAGUAUUAUCUUGAAGGUAAGGUGAAAGUACGCAAGCACAUUUAUGUGGAAGUUGAUUGGAAUCCUUGCCUACCUUCCAACCCCGUCAUAGAAUAUAUGCCUGACAGAGACAGAAGCGAAACAUGUUUGACGCCCGUGUUCAUCUCACCUCGUAUUGUGUCCUUGAGGAGAUAUUUGCCUAUCAUUAAUAUGUGUAUUUUUGGCUUACCUCGUUGUACUCUGUGAUAUCCAUGAACAUCAUUCCGUGUGUAGUUGUAUUACACAUGUAUUUAUUAUCAUUACAUAAUUAACAGUGUUUAGCCAGCUCCGGGGAAUACGGAGUCUGUGUAACAGGCGACCUGAUGUGUUGGGUGGUCAGAUUGUACAAUAUGUGCAUCUGUGUAACCCCGAUCAUUGUUCACGAUAUAAAUCAUUGAUCCAGACUCGACAGUCCGCAACUACAUAGCUGGGAUAUUGCUGAGAGAAAAAGAAUUUUAAAAACAGUUUUGUUCUUUAGAUGCAGACAGUUAUGCCUAUACUGAACCCUUUGUUAUGACUUGCCGCUUCUGUCUGGUGUUGUAUCUGUACAGUUAGUCAGAGGCCACAUAUCACUGAACAUUUCUGUUGAUAUUCGUAGUGAACCUGGAAUCUGUGGUAGGAACAACAUAUUAUUUCAGUCACUGCCUUAAAGACAUAUAUUUCUUUGAAAUGAGCAAGGAACAUUUUCCAUUAAACCUGAGGGAAACUAUUUUCUAGACCUUAUCUGUUUUCAUUAAUGGAAAUACACAUUGUCAAUGGUAACCGCACCUUUGGCAACAAAAGGAGGCGCAUUCUAAUCUUCCCGAAGAAGCACAUAGCUGUUUCUAAAUAUUUUUGUUACAAUACUAUGUGUAUUUGUAAAAGUGUAUUGUGUCAGCAAUAACCACUUGAAUACCUAAAAGUAUUAUGACUACGUUGUUACUUUGUUUUAUGAUAAGUAAGUUUUCAUGAUAUCGGGAUCAUCGUCAGAGCUACAGAGGUUUGGUCAGGUUCAUCCAUGAAUACAUGGGUCGUUAUGCAGUAGGUACACCCGUCGAUCUGUCCAGCAAGUCUAAGGGGCCUAAUCCGCGUCGGACAAUUGUGCCAACUCAGCGUUGUCUAACAUUGAAGGAGUUUGCCGAGUGACUGUCAACUCUGUGCACGAGGCAUGCUGCCACAUCUGCGUUCAUUGGUCAAAGCAAACGCUAAAACAAGGCCGUUUCUUGAUUCGUUGGUUAAAAAUAGCAGCUAGCAACCGUAUGUAUUCAUGGGCACUUUGGGAACACGAGUAAACGAAUCUGUGAAGCGUUGGCGAUGCCCCAGACAGUGAAAGUGAAACAAUAGUCAAUUCAACAAUGAACUUUAAGAUGUUACACACAAACUCACAAGUGAAAAAAAAACAUGGUUUGCUUAUACGAAAGAUGCACCCCUGACUGGUAACACCGGCCCUAGUCCACACGUUCGCUUGUCACGCCGAAAACCCGGGUUCGAUUCUCUACACGCGUAUCUGACAGUGUUAUAUGUCUAGGGCCCUCUACUCACAGGGAUCUAAUCACAAUACGUGUAAGAUCGUAUCUGACAAUGUUAUAUGUCUAGGGCCCUCUACUCACAGGGAUCUAAUCACAAUACGUGUAAGAUCGUAUCUGACAAUGUUAUAUGUCUAGGGCCCUCUACUCACAGGGAUCUAAUCACAAUACGUGUAAGAUCGUAUCUGACAAUGUUAUAUGUUUAGGGCCCUCUACUCACAGGGAUCUAAUCACAAUACGUGUAAGAUCGUAUCUGACAAUGUUAUAUGUUUAGGGCCCUCUACUCACAGGGAUCUAAUCACAAUACGUGUAAGAUCGUAUCUGACAAUGUUAUAUGUCUAGGUCCCUCUACUCACAGGGAUCUAAUCACAAUACGUGUAAGAUCGUAUCUGACAAUGUUAUAUGUUUAGGGCCCUCUACUCACAGGGAUCUAAUCACAAUACGUGUAAGAUCGUAUCUGACAAUGUUAUAUGUUUAGGGCCCUCUACUCACAGGGAUCUAAUCACAAUACGUGUAAGAUCGUAUCUGACAAUGUUAUAUGUUUAGGGCCCUCUACUCACAGGAUCUAAUCACAAUACGUGUAAGAUCGUAUCUGACAAUGUUAUAUGUUUAGGGCCCUCUACUCACAGGGAUCUAAUCACAAUACGUGUAAGAUCGUAUCUGACAAUGUUAUAUGUUUAGGGCCCUCUACUCACAGGGAUCUAAUCACAAUACGUGUAAGAUCGUAUCUGACAAUGUUAUAUGUUUAGGGCCCUCUACUCACAGGGAUCUAAUCACAAUACGUGUAAGAUCGUAUCUGACAAUGUUAUAUGUUUAGGUCCCUCUACUCACAGGGAUCUAAUCACAAUACGUGUAAGAUCGUAUCUGACAAUGUUAUAUGUUUAGGGCCCUCUACUCACAGGGAUCUAAUCACAAUACGUGUAAGAUCGUAUCUGACAAUGUUAUAUGUUUAGGGCCCUCUACUCACAGGGAUCUAAUCACAAUACGUGUAAGAUCGUAUCUGACAAUGUUAUAUGUUUAGGGCCCUCUACUCACAGGGAUCUAAUCACAAUACGUGUAAGAUCGUAUCUGACAAUGUUAUAUGUUUAGGGCCCUCUACUCACAGGGAUCUAAUCACAAUACGUGUAAGAUCGUAUCUGACAAUGUUAUAUGUCUAGGGCCCUCUACUCACAGGGAUCUAAUCACAAUACGUGUAAGAUCGUAUCUGACAAUGUUAUAUGUCUAGGGCCCUCUACUUACAGGGAUCUAAUCACAAUACGUGUAAGAUCGUAUCUGACAAUGUUAUAUGUCUAGGGCCCUCUACUCACAGGGAUCUAAUCACAAUACGUGUAAGAUCGUAUCUGACAAUGUUAUAUGUUUAGGGCCCUCUACUCACAGGGAUCUAAUCGCAAUACGUGUAAGAUCAAAUCAAGUAAAAAUGUCAGUUUUCCGAUUAAUUUGAAUAUGGUAGUUAUGAUGUUAUCGUUGGGGGAUCUCGGUUUGACAAGACGAUUUGAUGAUGUGAAAUAGCAUGGCCUUUGUUAAGAAUAAAGUGGUCGCGUAUCCCUGCAGAACAAUCAAAUAACGCAUGAAUUUGUAAAGCAAGUUAAUUCGACAGCUUAUGUAUACAUCUUAGUGUGCAAAGUCACCUAACUCGUCAACGUCAUAAAUCAUAAAAAUAUAUUAUAAAUCAAAAUAUAUCAUUAAUCAUAAUUAUAUCACGUGCUAUGCUGAACAUUUUAUCAUUAUAACAGAAAUACCUCAAUUUUCUUCUUGUGAGUGUGUUAAGUAGAUCACAUAGUCCCAUUAGGAUAGAUGGCAGGGAGACUUCCAUCACGUAUCACCUUACUUCCGGUUACAUGAUGUUACGUUAUGAUCAGGAACAUUACUUCCGGUUAAAUUAUGUCACGUUAUGAUCAGGAAUAUUACUUCCGGUUACAUGAUGUCACGUUAUGAUCAGGAACAUUACUUCCGGUUACAUGAUGUCACGUUAUGAUCAGAAACAUUACUUUCGAUUAAAUGACGUCACGUUAUGAUCAGGAACAUUACUUCCGGUUACAUGAUGUCACGUUAUGAUCAGAAACAUUACUUUCGAUUAAAUGACGUCACGUUAUGACCAGGAACUUUACUUCCGGUUACAUGAUGUCACGUUAUGAUCAGGAACAUUACUUUCGAUUAUACGACGUCGAGUUAUGAUCAGGAACAUUACUUCCGGUUACAUGAUGUCGUGUUAUGAUCAGGAACAUUACUUCCGGUUAUAUGACGUCACGUUAUGAUCAGGAACAUUACUUUCGAUUAUAUAACGUCACGUUAUGACCAAUAACAUUACUUCCGGUUACAUGAUGUCACGUUAUGAUCAGGAACAUUACUUUCGAUUAUAUGAUGUCACGUUAUGAUCAGGAACAUUACUUCCGGUUACAUGAUGUCACGUUAUGAUCAGGAACAUUACUUCCGAUUAUAUGAUGUCACGUUAUGACCAAUAACAUUACUUCCGGUUACAUGAUGUCACGUUAUGAUCAGGAACAUUACUUCCGAUUAUAUGAUGUCACGUUAUGAUUAGGAACAUUACUUCCGAUUAUAUGAUGUCACGUUAUGACCAAUAACAUUACUACCGGUUACAUGAUGUCACGUUAUGAUCAGGAACAGAGUGCCAUUUAGUCUUCACAAUUGAUAAUGCCAUUAAGUGCACAACAUGCAAAGACAUGUUUCCGUUCUCUAAACGUCCGAAUACCUUCUCAUUUUGGUUUCUUGGGGUUUCUGGACCGGAAUCCGUCUAGAAACCUAUGAGAAUAACAUUUCACUUCACUUUUUUGAUGAACUGAGAAAUGUAUGGGAAAGUAUCAAUAAAUAUUUAAGAAUGCAUUAGUGAAAAAAUCCGGAAAACGCGAAACUAUACUAUAAUUGUAAUGAGGUAAUACAUCUGACGUAAGAUAACGUAUCUUUCUCAACAGGUGAAAGUACACACUGAACUAAUAAUGCUGACAAAGUUACCGAAUUGUUUAAGAGGUCGGUGCCACAAGUUCUUAUACCUGGGUAAUUAUAUCUAUAUUUCUUUUAAUAAAUAACAGUUACAUUGGUUUACAUGACAAAAGCGGAACAAUUGGAAACUGGUAAUUUUGCUAAGGGAGAUCAAUCAAAUUAGCCUAGGCUGCCAGUGUGCUCGAGUUCAGUGCCCCUUUAAAAUCAGUAUUGGGGUGAAGAAUGACUUGAGCGGAAGACAACUCUUUGUAUCUUGUAACUGUUGUGAGUAGCAGUUUCUUCAGGGUUCCCAUGUUCACUCCGUCUUUCUGUUAAGCAUCAUAUUCAACGCAAGUGAACAGUUUCUAUCAUCGUGACAUAUCUCUGCUAAAAGAAGAUUCCUAAAACGUAUUUAAGUCGAUCUGAAAGUUUGCUACUUAGUUUCCAUACAUUUUAGUCCAGAUUAAUAAGUUCAAUUGUUCGUUUGUUCCAUCAGUUUUGAUAGAUAUGAAUACAGCCGUGGUAAAAUAGUAUAUGGACAUAUUGAUCAACAUAUCAGUAGAUUGAUCUAUUGAUUUGUAUGUUUAGGGGCAUACGUGGAUGUUAUACAAUGUUGCAUUUAUUUGACGGACUCGGUCCCCGUAUAGAUGAUGUAUAAUGCUGACAAUACAUAUUAUGUUUUGCAUGUAAAACAUGCUCGUCGUGACUGUAUUUGGCAAUGUGUUUUAUUGCUCAAAUAGUUUGAAAAUACCUCUCUACAUUUAUUUUACAAUGGUCAACUGUCAGUUGUCUGUGUGCUCGCCCUUCCUAAAGAGGAUACUGGUAUAUUUAGUUUUGCGGUUGUUGAAAUUGUCUUUAGUCCUAAGUGUUCAAGAGUUCAGGAACGUUAAUGAAAUCAGCACGACGUGAACGUGGUAUGAGGCGUGUGAGGCGCACGACGUAGCUACUUGUCGUUAUCUCACAUCAGAUAUACAGUGUAUGUUGUAGAAAUGCAGCAAUGACAGUUAUUAACAUGCUAAGCGUCAUGGUUUCAUUGUUGAGAAAAAGAAAAGAUUGUUCAUGCCCAUGUUAUGAACUUGUUUUUUUAUAUUUGUCAGCCUAUAGAAAAUAAAAUUAUUGUAUUUCCUC